CCACCGCCGCCGUGCUUAAAGGGCAGGAGCGAGCAUCCCGCCGACCCCAACGGUGCUCUCUCGUCAUCUGGUGCUAUCGACCAAAACCCAAGCACUUUCCAAGAAAACCAAGCUGUUUUUCCGUCUAGUUUACACUCGCCUAGUAUGCCAAAGCCGGUCGGUAAGAGGCAAGCCUCAGCGAAGGACGGUGGCCCCAGCCCACGGCUGGUGGGCCAGAGCAGCCCCGGCUCCGGAUCCAUGCCUUUCGAAACAAGCAUUCCCACUACGGCACCCCCUCACCCCAGGCUUGUACAAGCUUGGGAAGGUGCCAACAAGGCGUUUUCUCCCCUGGACCAGAAUUCAGCACCUUAUUCAAACCCUGUUGGAAACCAGUUCUCAUUCGAGUGCCAGCCUGGCCCCGAGCAGAGGCAGCACAGGCAGAAAAAUGCCAGGAUGCCUUGGCAGCAAAUACACGUCACUUCUGUGAUGCCCGGUCAAAACAGGCUAGAGUUGCCGAGACAAAUUGCCAGCCAGAAGCUCCCCUUCCCCUUGGGCAUGGUGGACUGGCAUCGAAGCGGGAAAGCCCACAUGUCCAGCAGGCCGCUCAACCCCACCUUCGAAGACAGCCAGAUAUCGGGGGCGCUGACCCCCUCUCCCUUCUUCCAGCACCCUUGCCAUCCCAAGGAUGGCAACAAAACCUUCCACCCCUCUGACAUCCUGAGCUCCAGCUCUCUUCAUUACCACCCUCCAGACUCCGUCAAGUCCCUCCACUUCCCUCCUGACGCCCUGAAAGAUGACAACCUCCUGAAAUGCAGCCCGGCGAGCCCGUUCCACAAACCUGGUGCAGAGGUGGCCAAAGGGUGCUCGGAUGGACUGGACAGGGUGCUCCCCCCGGAGCCCCCCAAACCCCCCAGCCUGAUGCUUUCCCCAGACCCCCAACAACAUUUCUUGUUGUUAAACAAAAGCGAUGACUUCUUGCUGGAUGGGGAAAGCAAAAGCGAGGGCAAAGAAGAUGCUCUGAAGGGUGGCAUCUUCAACGGGCUCGCCGCCAGCUCCCUGCCACUCACCGCCUCGGACCUGGACAUCGAUGACGCCAAGCUGGACAGCCUGAUCACCGAAGCCCUCAACGGCCUGGGGUACCAGUCAGACAACCCGGAGAUCGACAGCAGCUUUAUAGACGUGUUUGCCGAUGAGGAGCUGACGGGCAUGAAGGCGGCUGGUGGUGGGAUGUCCCACAAGGCGAAGGAAGCCCUGGCCUCCGAGAGCAAAUCGAAGCAGGCAGCAGCAGAGGAGAAGGCAUCAGGCCAGCCCAAAGGCUGUUGUUUUCAUGAAGAUGGCCACCAGGGUGGGGAGCAGGCGAAGAGAGGGUCAGGAAAGCAGCACCUUCACAAGGGGAGGGCGGUGAGGAGGUUGGCAGCCCAGGAGCUGGAUCCCGGGGCAGCGGGAGCGCAGAGGACGGCCAGGCUGCGGGCAGGCAGGAAAACUGCCUCCUCCAAGUCCACCUCCAGCCAAAAACAUUCCAGGAAGCUCAGCCAGGAACCUCCGACAAAGAGCGAGGUGGGACCAGGCAUUGCCACCAAGAGCUCCAAGCCACCUCGGUUCUCCAUGAAGGAGAUGAAGAAGCGGAAGCCCCGAAGCGGGACGUGGAGCAAGGAGCUCAUUCACAAGAUUGUGCAGCAGAAGAACAAGCUCCACAAACUGCAGGUGAAGAGCAGCAAACAGGAGCAGCUCCACGAGGUCGCUGAGAGGCUGAUGCCAGCUGCCAAGGAGGGCAGGUUUCGGGAGUACGACUACGUCUCCGACUCCGAUGAUGAUGGGGUGGAGUGCAGCAAGCUCUGGGGGAGGAAGAAGCGUGGCACUGGAUGCGUCGGGGGGGACAAAUACAGCUUCAGCAAGAAACGCCCAGGAAGGAGUGAGAGAAGCAAAGACAAAGACCCGUGCUGGAGCUACAGCCGGAAAAGGGACGGUCAGAAAAGGGAGACGCAGGAUCACGGAGGGGUCCUGAGCCAGGAGGACGCUGAGAAAGAGGAUUGUGCUUCCAGAGUCCGAAGACGGAGCAGGCAGUCCUCUACUGGCAGCAACCAGAGCAGUAGGAUGCCCGGUGAGCUGGGCACCAGUCCACCCAGUGCUGAUGGGGCCGGCUCGGGCAGUGAGAAGGGAGGAACGCAGAGGAGGAGGAGAAGCUCAGACAGCCCGGCACGCACACCAAGGACUCCACUCAGCCUUCCCGAGGACAGGAGCCCAAAGAAGAGCCAGAAGAGCAAAGAGGACUUUCCCAACAGGAACAGGCAGUUUGGUUCAGCCAAACCUCUGCUAGCAGGCUCUGGGACGCAUCCGAGUGCUGAAACAGAUAUUGCUGAGAUGGACUGUGCAAAGGAGGAGCCGUUACUGCAGCCCCAGGAAAGGCAACUGCCCGGCAUGGCCAUCUUGGGUAGGAGCCCCGUCAAUCUCUCCUGUGAGGAGCAGGCAGAAGAGCCCGAAAGAGCUGCAAAGCACACGAGUGAGGCAGGAGAACCCACCCUGGAAGCUCAGGACUCAUCCGAGCUCACCGUGGACAACCAGAGGCAUCAGUUUGCCCCUUUCAUGAGCGAUGGGCUGAAGUACCAUGCAGAAGAGCUAAUUGCUCCGUCCCACGGUGGUAACGAAGCUAGUCCUGGCAACGUGAGUGCCGCCUACUCGGAAGCGGGCGUCAAAUACUUGAAGGCACACGGGCUUUGUGACGGUCAGAAGGACUAUCCCGCGCCAGCUGCCCCAUAUGAGGGUGAUGCAGUGGGGGUGAUGCUCAGUGCCAAGGUGCCCGAUCCAUACGUCAGCAGCGACAACGCCUUUUUCGACCCCAAAAGCCUUCCUGGUCACUACGAUGAUAACCUCUUCUCAAAACCCCCAGCCUUGGGCUCCUCACACAUGGACGAUAUGUACUUAUGUCGGGAUGACAUCAACACCGGCUCCUUCGAGCAGAAACACACCAGCAUCUCCCCGUAUGCCGCAGAAACACCGCAGGGCAAGGUCUCCUCCCCUCUCAGCUUUGAUUCCUCUUCGAUAUUUGGAGAGCUUCCCGUUACUGAGUUCGAUCCGCCGCUGUACGAGAGCGUUUCUGCAAGCAAGGAUGGUUACGUGACAACGUUUGCCUGUGCUGGCAACCCCCCCAGCAAGCCACUGCCGUUUGAGCAACCGUACCCACCGUUCAUGCCAGAGAAAGACUGGUCCCUCAUGGAGGAGGUGGCUCCGAUGCUGCCAGAAGACAUGACUCAGUUCCACAGCCUUUCAGUGGAGAAGACACUGGCCAAGAAAUUACCACCUGCCCCCGGUCCCCAGCUCGCCCUGCCGCUGCCGGACAGGAUAACGGAUUAUAACGUGGCUUUUAUGAACAACGUAUCAGACGAUGAGCUGGAGAUCAAGCGAUUGGUCACGGAACUGGAAAGUCAACUGCAAACCAGCAAGCUGGAUAACGAGGGACCCGUCGCCCUUCAGAAGGCCGAGCACCACGUCGGUGCCCACCUGCGAGGACGGGCAGCCGAGCAGUUCCCGUCCCUGCCGGGCAAGCAGGAGACACGCCAUGGGAAAGGACUGGUUUUGGCAGACGAGCUGGAUGGCUCAAGCCUCUGCGUUGGGGAAAGGCUAGGAGGUGAGAAGGCAGCCAUUGCAAGUGUUCGUGUGGACUACGAGAGACCCGGAGAGCCCUGGCCCUGCCCGGUGGAGCUGGGCUCGCUGCAGGCGGGGAUGUGUACACCAGCCCCACUCACUGUUGGCCGUUUCUGCACCAAAGAAAGUGGUCAGCAACUCCAGGGAGCUGCGGCCGCUGAGGAAGGCGACCCUGGAAAGAUGGAAAAUGGGUCUUCCUCCCAAAGUCUACCUGGCUCAUGCACACCAGACCAAAUAGAAGCUCCCAUCUACACAGAGCCCAUGACAAAAAGCCCUCCUGUUGUCACUGACACCGGGUUCCCCAAGACCCUGGAGACAGCCGAAGCUGCCAAAGAUCCCCUGCAAUCCCUGCCAUGCCAGCGCAGUGCCGAGAGCUUCCCUGUGCCGGCGAAAGCAGAUGAGAGCUUCAGUGAUGCUGCAGAGCUGGAGAAGUUUGAUGCUCAUUUUCCAAACCGCAAACCUGAAUUUGGCUUUCAAACAGCCUCGGACCUCGCCUUUUCGCCUCACGUCAAAGAGGUCCCACACACAGAAGAAAGACCCUUAAGCAAGCCCAAGUCACCCAAAGUGGCGAAAAGCACCAUGGACCAAAAAAGGGAUGGUGGUGGGGCUGCGCUGGUGGAAGAAACAGAGGAGAGGAAGAGCCCCACAACCCAUCCAACCCCUGGACCUGAUGACAAAGCCAGCAAGCAAAAAGUGCUGCUGUUCAAUAUGCUGAGUCUGCCCAAGGAGAGCGACUGCGGCUCCCAGAAGCUUAUCCCGUCUUUCCCCGCCCCGCUUGCUCCCAGCCACCCCUCUGCCACCACCCAUGUCCAGCCGGAGCAGAAAGAGGAGAGCGGUGAUGCCUCAGAAGGGGAAAAUCAGACAUGCUGCCCUGCCCAAGGGGAGGGGACCAUCCCCAUCGGAGGCAACACGGACAAUAUUGCUGCCCCGGCGAAAGAGGCCGUGCUUUUAUCUGGCGGAUGCGAGCAGAUGGAGUCAUUCGGUGCGACAGGCUCUUACCGCGCCAAACAAUCCAUGUGUGCGAAGCCGGAGUUGCAAAAUAACGUAACGGAGCUGCAGCACUUAACAAACGAACACGCAGAGCUGAAUGACAUUAAUAUCCGUGCAGAUGGUGUUUCCCGAGAGCGUGGUGACCUCUCGCCACUCAGAAACACGGCGAUGACCCCACUACCAGGGCAAGGCACAAAAGCUGAUCAGCUCAUGGAAAAGCAGGAGCAAGAUAAUAACAAAGCGACCUUGGCAUUUAAAAAACAUGAGCAAUCCCAUUUAAGUCAUGGUUUGCUUGAGGAGGAAACGCUGGGCAGCACAGCAGCAGAAAGCUGCUCUGAUGAUGGAAAUGAGCAUCAAAGUGAACCAGAGGCUUUGUCCAAUGGUUUUGUUGUUCAGCCGGUGCCAGCUGCUGUCAGCAGAGGUCUUGCAAGGAUUGGAGAAAAAAAAAAUGGCCACAAGUUUUCAGAAACAGCAGAGGUGAGACUUGGUCUUCCCAAAACCACAGAGAGUAGAGGAAAGAGUUUAAAAGGGGAGAAACCCGAAAGCCAUGGGGCUGGAGAAGGUGGGAGUUAUGCGUUAGAUGGUAUGGACCAAAGAGAGGACAACACACCUAACAGUACUCCAAACCCUUCCCAAAGUGAACUUCACAAAGAAAAGAAGCCAAACAGCCUCUCGGUGACCUGCGACAUUUGUUCAGCCACUUUCAGGUCCAAGCCUGGCCUUACCAGGCACAAAGCUGUCAAGCACCAGGUGAAGAACAGUGGUGUGCCACAGCCCAGCAAGACUCCCAGGUCCACUUUGAUUCCUGCAGACAAGACAUCGAAAGGAGCCCAAAAGGUGCCCAGGAGGAGCCUGAAGACUUCAGUCAAAGACAAAACCAGCAGCUUGCAGAUGCCGAUUGCCAACACUGAACAUGUCCCCAAGAAAAUAUGCCCAGACCUGGAGAAAGAGCCCAGCAUGCAGAUGCAAGAAGUGGUCAGCAGAGUGCUCAGUGACCUCAGCGUGAUCUCCUUUGAGAUGUCCCAGGAGUUGCAUCACACGCAUGUUCUGCAGAGGGAGAUGAAGGCAAAGGGACCACUCUCGGAGAUGAGGGGAGCGGGUGGGGUGGCAGCUGGGAAGCCAGCCUCAGAACGGCAAACCAGGAAGGGAGAAAAGGGCAGAAGGAGCCAAAGCAAAGAUCCUGGAGAGGUGAAUGGCAAUUCUGAAAAGAAGCUAAACAGAAAAGUGAGACGAAGGAAAGCAAAAGUAUUUCCCAGCAGAAAUGAGCCUGAUGGGCCAUGUGAGGCAGAGAAGAAUGCAGGUCCUCGCUCUGCUUUCCUCAGCUCCGAUCUGCCCAGGAUCAUGGAGGACUUGCAUGAACCAGGUGGCUACAUCUCCACAGAGGAGCAAGAUAGCUCCAACUCAGCCCAGCAUUCUCAAAAAGCCAAACAGUCCCCUUGUGCAGCUGAGCUUGCAGAGGACCUGGGUGACAGGAUGGUGUCUUCAAAGGAGAUGGUCGACGAGGAGCUACUAACGAGCACAGCCACCUGUCCCACGGAGGCAGAAGAUCCAAAUGGAGUGGAAGAAACGCAGGCUUGCAAAAAAUGGUUUGUGAAGCAAGUGGAGAAGGAAUUGGGCAAGAUAGGCAAAGAGGAGCAUCAUGGUGCUGCUGGUGCAGAGGAGAUGGAUGCUGAGACAGGCAGCAGCGCUGGCAACCGGAGUGGUGGCCCACAGGAUCCUGCUGCCGAAGGGGAUCUGCUGCUGGAGACACAUGAUUCGGAAACCACCCAAAAGGUUCCCGGGCAAGGCACUCUGCAGACCCCCCCAGGGACCAGCUCUCCUCCUGCAGAGCCAAAGGGAGGGAUGGAGGCCGACGUGACGGCGAGCAGAGGGCUUUGCGUGGAGAGCACAGCCGUCUCGGAUCUCCAGAACCUGUUGGACGAUGACUCUACGUUCUCCCAGUUGUUCCCCCGGGACGACCAGUUUGUCCGGAGAAAGUGCACACGGGUGUACGGGAAGCGCAGCAAGAAACCCAAGCCCGUCACCGAGCUAAACCUCCAGCCAGCGGGCGCCGUUGACCUCUUCACCAUCCGAUUAGCUUCUGACCUCAGUGAAACCAGCUCUUUCUGUGUCACCAGGGAGGACCCUUGCGAAUACGAAACCAUCUCUGUUGAUGAUGCCUUAAUGCUAAACAUGUGUCAUGGCAACAAGGCAAAGAGUGGAGAUGCUGUUCCCAGUGGAUCUGUAAGCAUUUCGCCUAGGUCAGACUGCGAGAAGACUGACCAAGGGAAGGAGGACAUUGACCUAGAAGACAACAUGCUGACCUUCUUGUGUCAAAACAGCCAAGUGGACAGCAUCCCCAGCUUGAACAUCUGGGGGAGUCUGGAGAAGGAGGGAGAAAGCCUCUCUGCCGAGGACAUGUUUGAGCCUCUGAUGGACCCUGAGGAUGAGCACUCGCUCAGAGAAACGAGCUCCGAGCCCCCCGACCUGAUGGAGGAGCCCUACGGUGGCAAGGCUAACCAAGAUUCAGACUCUGCUGAAUUUCAUACCAUUGACAUUGAGAUGCUGAACGCAAAGCUGAAAAUGAGGGACAUGUGCUUCUUCGGCCCAUGUGAAGAUCUUCCUGGCCAUGGAGAGAACAACGCUGUGAGUUUCAAGCCAAAGCCGGGCCAGCAGAGCAAGCAGAGGGGUAAGCUAGAAGAUGGGAAACUGGGGAAAAACCGCAGUGAGGUAACCAUCAAGACCAAAGACAAGCAGUACAAAUGCAAAGUCUGCUUCCAGUGGUUCCUGACAUUAGGGGAGCUGGACUUCCACAAGCUCUCCCAUAACCCUUCGCCUCCACCCACCUGCUACAUGUGCGUCCAGCGCAAAUUCAGCUCCCGGGAGCAGCUGAGGGACCAUCUGAAGGAGAAGCACGCCAGGAACAAAGCCGGUCUGUGGGCUUGUGGCAUGUGCCUGAAGGAGAUCUCCGACGUCUGGAUGUACAACGAGCAUCUCCGGGAACACGCCACCCAGUUCGCUCGCAAGGGGCAAGCACAGAAGUCCGUGAUGGGCCUGCCGGCCUGCUUCAGUGAGGACAAUGCUGCUGUCACCCAUUUCCUCAACACCAUCAUGUAUCGGAAGCCCAGCAGGUCUUCCCGGCAUGCCAACCCCAGCAGCAAGCAUGCGGUUAGCGGAGAGAGCAAGAACCUCAAGGAGCUGCCCCUUGACCAGGAGGCCAAGGCAAUAAAAGAUGCCUUGGAGAGCAACAUCAAGGUGAAGUCACCUGCACUCAGCUCCUCUAAAGCAUCUGCUAGUCCAUCUCCAGAGCACAUGGCAAAAGGCGAAGGCGCCCCAAAAUCUGUCCCCAUGCACCCAGACUGCAAGGACCCUUCCAGGGACUGUCAUCACUGCGGCAAACAGUUUCCCAAACCUUUCAAGCUCCAGCGGCACUUAGUUGUGCACAGUUUACAGAAGAUUUACUUGUGCCACAAGUGUCCGAUGUUCUACCAGGAGACCAAAGAGCUCCGAAACCACCUCAGCCAGGAGCACAGCAUAGUGGAGGAGCAGGAGAUCAAGCACACCACCCUGUACGCCUGCGAGCUCUGCGCGGACGUCAUGCAUGUCAUCAAGAAGUCCUUUAUCUGCAGCAUGUGCAACUACACCUUCUCCAAGAAAGAGCAGUACGACCGGCACAUGGAGAAACACCUGGCUGGAAGCAACAAGACUUUAAAAUUCAGAGGGGUCAUGAGGCCUGGUGUCGCCUCCAGGGAGGGCAGAGAGAAGGUGAAAGAGGACGGAUCACUCCGAGAGAGCAUGCCGCCGAGCAAGAAGAGGAAGGUGGCUCACCACGGCAGCUCACUCCCGCGCAGCUCGCCGGUCCAUGUAGACCACACUAGUGACCUUCACCUGGCAGCACCUGCAAGCCCCAGCCUGCAGACUCCCACUGACCCCUUCCCUACAGCACCUGGUGACCCAGAAGCACCCCAAGCCUCCAUGAAAGCGGAAGACCUGGUGGGUGACUUCUCCGACCUCCUGGCAGAGAUGGAGAAAUCCCAGUCUGACACCCUGCCUGCCCCAGCCUGUCUCUCCGCGUCUUCACCGCAAGCUGCGGUGAGCAGCCCGGAUCUUGGCCGUAUCGCUGCCCUGUCUAUCGAGGAGCUGGAGAAAGGAGCGUUUGAGGGGAAACCUCUUCCUUUCUUGGACUCGCCCGAGCUUACCAUUGACCUUGCCGGGCUGGCUUGUAACCAGGCCACAGACCAAAAGCUCUCUCCUCCACAUCUGACGGAGAAAUGUGGCUACGCCGAUGCCCAUAAAACAACGAGCAUAGGUGACAAAGACGAAUAUAUAGCGUGUGUCCUCAAAAAUCCCGGUGCAGCCACCGACACCGUGGAUGGGAUCCCAUUUCUCCAGGCUGCCGAGGUCUCAGAGCUUCCUUCCCCACAGGCAGAGGCUCCACCAGCCAAGGAAACUCACAGGUGGGACAACCCCAGUGCCAGCGAUGCCUCUUCUUGGGAAGGUGCCUCUAAGGCCGCGUCUCCAGAAGGUCCCCAUCAUUCUCUGCCCCUGAAGGACAAGACGGCAUCGCCCACACUGAACAGGGCUGCCAAAGAUGUGGUCCUGCAGAAGAAGACCGCGGGUAGCCAGCCCAUCAGUGAGACUGCUCCGAGCGUGGGCAGCCCUGGUGGCAGUGCCGAGGAGGGUCAGCAAGUCGUCUUGGGGAGGGAGAAAGCCAUGCCUGAGGCUAAGGACAGUAGCACUAACACCAAGGGCCAAGGUGACAACCCAAGCAAAUCCACCAGCCAGCAGCCCAGAGGUGAGGUGCCCGGCAACACCGUUCGACAUGGCCACAUGGAGCCAAGCAAAGCCACCAGCAAGCUUCACCCCAAGAGAAGGAAAGAGCAUAAGUCCUUGAGCCACCGGAGCAGCUCCGGCUCCCGGGAAAACAUGGAAGGAGAUGGGAAAAAGAAAAAAGCCCGGACCCCUUGCCCAGGGAGGAGCGAGAGCGCCGGUGAGCUCAAACGUGCCGGCUGGGGCAAAGCCGAAGGGCCCAAACCGGGUGGCCAGUUGAAGAAGACGGUCCUGGAUGCUUACAACCAGAAGAAGGGCGAGCUCCGUCACGCCAACGGGGACGUGAAACGCCGGAAGGCCAUUCUGGGGAAGAGCCUCCCCCAAGUGUUGGCCAAGGGGCCGGCGCCGUCCCUGCGCGGCUCCUUGCACAGCCCACGAGUGGCCCGGGGGGCAAAGGCGGCCGGCUCGGGCAGCUACCGCACCGCCGAGUCCCAGAACAACCUGCUCAGCCAACUCUUUGGGCAAAAAUUAACUAGCUUUAAAAUUCCUUUAAGGAGAGAUACUUCAGAGUAA